AUGGAUCGCUACAAGAAAUUUUAUGAGGAUUUCAAGCGACCCCAAUUUGCGCCAAUUUACCGCCCAACUGUUGACGAGUUUGCUGAUCCGAUUGCCUAUGUGGCCAAAAUCAAACCGGAAGCCGAGAAAUACGGCGUGGUGAAGAUUGUCCCGCCAAAGAACUUUUUACCCCCAUUUGCGAUCGACGGGGCGAAAUUUGAGUUCACUCCGCGCGUGCAAAAGCUCAACGAGAUCGAGGCCUCCGUGAGGGAACGAGUCUCGUUUUACGACAAAUUCCUCAACUACUGGAAGUUUCAAGGCAUCGAUGUUCGCUCGCCGGUCGUCGACAACAAAUACCUCGACUUGUACCGACUUCAAGAGAUAGUUGCAAGUCUUGGUGGCGCUGAUGAUGUAACAAAAAAUAAACAAUGGCAAACUGUCGCAAAAAGGCUGAAUAUCAAAACGAUACAGGGUGGGAGUAAGGUGAAAGAGCACUUCUUCAAGCUCAUUCAUCCAUAUCUUUCGAAAAUUGAGGAAUCUUCAAUUAAACGAGAAAACGAGUCGGACGGAGAGGAGUACGAGUAUUGCGAUGGAGAGAACGCGCAACAGGGAAUGUCAAUGCAAAGCGGGAAACGACGUAGAGCAGCUGGAAGAAUGAUGGCUGGCGGGUCAAUCAUCAAGAAUAUCGAGAAGAAAAAGAAAAUGCAUGAUCCAAUGGAAAGUGUUUAUUGCACAAAAUGUGGAAAGGGUGACAACGAGAAUAAGUUGUUGCUGUGCGAGACGUGCGAUUGCUCGUUGCAUACGUUUUGUUGUGAACCGCCACUGUCAAAUGUGCCGAAGAAUGAAUGGCAUUGUGCUGAAUGCUCAGCGGAUAAAGUCGCCGUUCUCAACUCGAAUUUCGGUUUCUAUGAUGCGAAUACAAAGUACAAUUUGAUCUCUUUCGCCGAUUUUGCCAACAAGUUCAAGAAGGAUUAUUUCAGGAAACCGUUAGAGGAUGUUUCAUUGGAUGAAGUGGAGAAAGAAUUCUGGAAAAACACUUGGAGUGACAAGAUCGUUUCGGUCAAAUAUGGAGCCGAUUUGAGAGUUGAUCGAGUUGGUAGCGGUUUCCCGCGUCGUUGCGAUAAUCUUGGUGGCGUUGAUCAUCGAGAGAAACAGCAUUAUGCGGCGCAUGCAUGGAAUCUCAACAAUUUGCCCGUUUUAGAUGACUCAGUGCUAUCGCAUAUUGGUAGUGAUAUCCCGGGUAUGAUGAUACCCUGGGUUUACGUGGGAAUGUGCUUUAGCACUUUUUGUUGGCAUACUGAGGAUCACUGGACCUAUUCGAUCAACUACAAUCAUAAGGGUGAUCGAAAAGUGUGGUACGGGAUUAGUGGAGCCGAUGCAGAGAAGUUCGAGAAAGCCGUUCAAUCGAUCUCGCCAGGUCUCUUCUCGAAUCAACGAGAUCUUUUACAUCACAUGACCGUUGCCGUCAAUCCACAACUUCUCGCUUCGAAGGGUGUCUCGGUGUGGACAGUUCAUCAAGGUGCUGGCGAGUUUGUGAUCACUUUCCCCCGUGCCUAUCAUGCCGGCUUCAAUGAAGGCUUCAAUGUGGCCGAAGCGGUCAACUUUGCGCCGAUUGAUUGGCUAAGAGUCGGUCGACAAGCUGUCGGCGCGUAUGCGGACGUGCGUCGAACUUGUGUCUUCUCACACGAAGAAUUGGUGAUCUCAAUGGUGUCUGCGGCUGAGCGACUCUCGAUUUCGAUGUCUGUUGCAGCUUAUGAGGAGUUACAUGCGAUCUGUGACCGUGAGAUCAAAAGGAGACAGCUCGUGGCCUCGUUGGGUGUACGAGAAUCGGUGAAAGAGGAAUUCGAAAAGAUCAGCGACGAGUUGCGUGAAUGCAAAUAUUGCCAUACAACGAUUUUCAUGUCGGCGCUGACUUGCCCACAUGGACGAUUGGUCUGUUUGGAUCACGCGAACAAGCUAUGCCCGACGUGUCCUUAUAAGAAAAUGACGCUGAAAUAUCGUUACGAGUUAAUCGAAUUGGCUCCAUUCCUCAAAAAGCUUCAAGAUCGACACUCGACUUAUACGGCUUGGAGACAACAAGUCACAACUUUGUUUGAGGAUUCGUCGAAGAAACCGACACUCAUCCGUAUAAAUGAGUUGAUCGAACAAGGUCGGAAAGCCCGUUUCCCUUGCGGUGAAACACACAACAAAUUGAUAAACACCCAAAAGACUUGCUUAGAAAUGUUGGAAAGAGUGAGAGGGAUACUAAGUGGAAAAGUUAGAACAAGGACAACGACGAGAAUGCAACGAGCAGACAAUCGUCCCACGCUUGAUGAGGUCAAUGAUUUGAUCGGAAAGAUCAAUGGGUUGUCGGUUGAUUUGCGCAAAUCAAGUCAAGAGCUCGAGAAUCUCGUUGCAAGAGUUUGUGAUUGGAGUGAAAAAGCGGAAGUGAUUUGUGAAAGAGCUGAGGAAAGUGAAGAGGAAGACAUUUUGGAUGAGUUGAGAGAGCUUUUCGAAAUCGGCGAGAAAUUCGACAUCAAGUUGAACAUUUUGGAUCGAAUGGAGCGCUGUGUUCGAUUGUGUGAAUGGAGAAGAAGAGCGCUGAAAGUGUUGAAAUGGGAAGCGAAAGAUAAAAUGGAAGAAGCUGAAGAUUUUAUCUCAAAAGGACGAUGGAAUUCCGCUUCAAUCAUCACUUUAAUCGAUCAGGCAAAAAGCGUCUACAGUCACCGCUUUGAAACACCCGACGGGAUCCAUGUGCGACUGCAUGCCAAGAUGAAGCGAGCACUUGUUCAUACAAAUUCGUGCGAAGACUGGCAGCUUCGUGGUUGUGUGGGAGGGGUGCAACGAUUGCAAGCGCUUUGGGACGAGGUUCGACAAUCCGAUUGGCUCGAUGAAAAGGGAUUGAAUUCGAUGAGGGAAGAGGUGGUGAGAUGUCGAGAGUUGGCUCCUCGUCUAUCACCAAAUCAAGAGAUCUCACUGCAAGAGGCUGAGCAAUUGUUGAUUGAGGCGAAUAAGUCGCUAACGUUGAAAAACUCUCCCGAAGUGCAUCGAUUACGAGAGUCUCGCGAUUCAUUGAUCUCCUUUACUCAACGAUUAUCUCGUCUUUUUCAUCGAACAACCUCAUAUUUCACUUUGUAUGAUAUUUUGGUCGGUAGAGAGGAUUUAGCUCCAUUGUUGGAGGGGCAACCAUGUCCACUAACGAAACGAGAAGAGAAUCGAGCCGCCGCUCAGGAAUGGGAUCAGCUCGAUUGCUUUGAGGACUGUGCCUCAGUGUCGGCGCAUUGCUCGCAGUUGGCCGAAAAGCAGUACGAGUUGAUGCAAGCGUUGAGGAUUCACAACGAGCGCCGCUCGAUCAAGGACUCGUGCUUCUGUGGGAUUGAGAGGGAAAGGGAGACCCCGGUGAUCUCAUGUCUCUUGUGCUAUGCAAGAUUUCAUUCAAGUUGUGUCGAAUGGGAUCCAUUUCUCGAGCAAUUCCCCCCGGGUUCAUUCCUUUGUGUGCGCUGUCUUCGCUCUCGACGUCCAUUCAAAGAGGAUGUCGUCUCGGCAAUCAGCCAAACACCGAUUAGUAAAACUUUUGAGCUGACUCUCGUAGCUGAGGCGUUGAAGCAAUUCACAGUCCGCUCUCGAGCAGUUAUCGAGGUUUUGACUGAUCUUGCGUUAGCCGGAUCGACUCCAAGCGAGGAAUUGAAAGAAAGAUUGGAUGUAGUUUUGGUAGGGGCAUUGGGUUGUGAAAUCGUUGACUCGGAUCUCAUCCCGAAAAUCAGUCUCUUGUUGCAGAAAGUUUAUCGUGAAAAGAUGACUACACAAGUGGAGGAAUGGGAAAAAAUUCGAACUAGACCGGUGAAUGGGAAUGAUUCGAUCUCAAAUCUCUUUGCACCGGCGACAAAGAGGAAAAGAGCCUCUAAACGAAGCCUCGGCCUUGGCUUGUCAAGUGGGAAAAAGAAGAAAGGCGAACGUCCAUCGAAUAUGUUUCAUGAUGAUGACGAGAAAUGUGAAGCUGAUAAAUGUUUACGACCAUCAUCUGAUCAUUUGUUAUGGGUUCAAUGCGAGGCUGGUUGUUCUCGUUGGUAUCACUAUGUUUGUGUUGGACUCACCAAGCUCAAAGCAACAAAAAUCGGCACCUACGCCUGCUAUCGUUGCAAUUCGGCUAUCGAAUGU